GUAAAAAAUAUGAACCACCACAGUUCCUAAAAUUUGACAGGAUAUCUGAUGAAGAUUGUGUUCAUGAGGCCUUGAAUAUAAACAUACUCAGAUUGCUCAAUUUAGCUGGAUGUCAUCAUGAACUGAAAGAGGAAUAUAUUCACCAUAUUACAUUUCCAUCUAUGAUUGGUGAACCAGAAUUUGUAUGUUGCCAGAUAAACAGGAAUAUUAAUCUCUCUCAAAUCCUUUUGGUGAUUGAAGUUAAAACAAGAUGGGUUCUUUCAUCAAACAAUGAGAAUCUUGCUGACAAAUAUACAAGAGGUUUGGGUGUAAUGAUUUCUGAAGAACCAUCUGAUGUGACUAAUAGUGUUGAACAAAUAUAUGAGCAACCUACAUUGUUACAAGCUUUUGAUUAUAUACAGUUUCUUGCACACAAAAAUCCAACUGCUUCAACUCCUCCUUCAACUCCAUCAUUGUCAUCAGACUAUGAUUAUACAGAUUCCAAGGAGGAUACGAAGUUUGAAUCAGAUUCUGAUUAUAAACCAACCAUCAAACAUUAG